AUGGCAACCCUCAACACCGCGAAGUGGAUAGCCUCACUCACAUUCGACGAACUGCCCGAGCGUGUGGUCGAAGCAGCCGUACGCUCAUUCUACACCUGGGUCACCUGCGCCGUGGAAGGCAGCUCGCAUCCGACAACCUUGAAAGCAUACAAGGCCCUGUCACCCUUUUUCGGCAAAGGAACCUCGUCGGUCCUGGGAUUCAAUCAUCGCAUCGACGCGCAAAACGCUGCCCUCAUCAACGGCAUCGCCUCGCACGUCCACGAUUUUGAGGAUGCGCAUCUGAUAAUGACUCUUCAUCCGACUGGAUGCGUUGCGUCUGCGUUGCUUAGUUUUGCCGAGACGCUUCAGCGGCCGGUCACGGGAAAGGAGUUCAUUACCGCGUUGGUCGCCGGUAUCGAGGUUGAGUGCAAGAUCGCCAGGGCCGUGUUCCCAGAACACUACUACGUUGGAUUGCACAUCACAAGCACAAUAGGAUCCGUCGGCGCCGCCGCCGCCAUCGCCAAGCUCCUCGCGCUACCAGCAGAGCAAACAGCCCACGCCAUCGGCAUCGCCACAACGCAGGUGACCGGUCUCCGCGAGACGUUUAGCUCAGACACCAAAUCUUUUCACGUCGGACGCGUCGCGCAAGACGGGCUGCUCGCCGCGGUGCUGCCCGCCGAGGGGUUCACGAGCUCACUUCGGUGGCUGGAAACCCUAGGUAGCUAUAUCAAAUCCAACGGUGAAGAGCAUCAAUUGGACUAUUACGUCCGGUGUCUUGUGUCAGGAUCCGGAAAAUGGGAGAUGGAGAAGAAUCCCUUCAAGCCGUUCCCGUACUACAUCGAUAUUCACCCCGUCAUCAGGGGUGCUGUCUGGCUGCAUCACGAACUGGAGCGACGAGGCAUCUCGACGGAUGAAGUGGCGAGUGUCGAUAUCAAGGUACAUGCCUACGCUCUCAGGCUCACGGACGUAAGGACCCCAAAGGAUGGGCUGGAGGCCGAGUUUAGCCUGCAUCACGGGGCCGCGGUUGGCCUGUUGUUUGGGAGCGCUACUGUGGCUGAGUACCAAGACGACGUCGUCAAUAGCGCAGCUGUGGUCGCCUUGAGAGACCGGAUCGAAGCGGACUUUGAUGAGGCCAUAGAAAGGGACGAGUGUCAUCUGGUGGUCAAGUUUCUCCGCGGGGAAGAUCCAAUCGAGAAGCACGUCGAUCGUGCCUUGGGGAGCGUAGAGGUUCCCAUGUCGGAUGUCCAGUUGACGGAGAAAUUCAUAACACAAGCCGGGCUUCAAGACGGUUCGGAAAAGGCCUUGAUGGCGAGUAAAUGGUGUUGGCGUGUCGUUGAGUCAGCGGACAUGAGGGAGCUUGGUUAUUAUCUCCGCAACAUUCAUGAUUCAACACUCAGAUACCAGUGCUACACUUGA